ACGAAUUUGGUGGAGCUGCUGAACGGUUAGGCGUGAACGGGACGAAGGCGUGCCACUGUCGCGCGUUCCACUAUACAGGACUGAAUACUCGCUAUACAGUGUAAACUCUCUCUACGAACACGACAAAAACGGAUGGAAAACCGCUGAAUUCAUAUUACGCUGAGGUCGCUGAACUCUCUUCAUAAUGGGCUGCAUAUCGUCGAAGUCUACGAAGGAUGAAGACGAUUCCGACAAUGAUAAAACGAAAAAGCCAUUUAAGAACGGCUCGUCCAUGCGCUUGGACGAUGUUUCGCUGACGCACAAAUCGGACGCGAACGAUGGCGCUGCGAGCGCCGCGGCCCAAGAGGCGCACAAGAAAGGAAAAGGACUCCUGGAAGAGUUGCGGGAUAACAAGAUACCGGUGGACAGUAGAGCGGAACGCGUCGCCCUGAUAGCAGAGAAGAUGUUCGCCGAUGUUCUACUGGAAGGAUUCUCGGAAGCUCUACCUUGGGCGAAACCCAUCGUUGUCGUGAUCAAGGUUAGCCAAAUAAUGCGAGUAGAUCGUGGGCCGAACAUACAAAAUGUGUUUAGAUUUUAA